GUACCGGAAGUGGCGUCAGGCCGAGCGUCGCCGAGGCGGAGGGGCCGCUGUGAGGCGGGAGCGGCGACGGAGGGCUGGUCUGUGUCUCUUUACAGCAGCUGUGUGCCAGAAAUAUGGCUACAGACUGGCUUGGGAGCAUUGUGUCAAUUAAUUGUGGAGAAAGCUUGGGAGUCUACCAAGGAAGAGUGUCGGCUGUGGAUCAGGUCAGCCAGACCAUUUCCCUGACACGGCCCUUCCAUAACGGGGUCAAAUGCCUCGUGCCAGAAGUCACCUUCAGGGCAGGUGACAUUACUGAGCUGAAGAUUCUGGAGAUCCCAGGGCCAGGGGACAGCAGAAAAUGUGGGGAUCUGCAGCAGAUGGAUACAGGCAUCCCUGGGGUUGGGUGCCAGGUGGGGCCCAGUCAGAACGGCACCGGGAAAGUGUUAAAGAAGCCCAUCUCCAGCAGCGCUCCACAGAAUAUCCCAAGGAGAACAGACAUGAAGAAUCAGGAUAUUAUCAUCUCUCCACAGCAGCAGUGCUCCAAGAGCUACAUGGAUCGACACCUGGAAGCGCUGACUCAGUCCAAAGGCUUCCGUCGCAGGCACAAUUCCUGGUCAUCCAGUAGCCGUCACCCGAACCAAGUGACUCCGAAGAAGAGCGGCCUGAAGAACGGGCAGAUGAAGAGCAAGGACGACGAGUGCUUUGGGGACGACAUCGACGAAAUCCCAGACACUGAUUUUGAUUUCGAAGGGAACCUGGCCCUUUUUGACAAGGCAGCUGUGUUUGAAGAGAUUGAAACUUAUGAGAGGAGGAGUGGCACCCGUUCCCGGGGGACCCCCAGCGAGAAACCGGCUCGCUAUCGGCACGACGAGAACAUCUUGGAAUCGGAGCCCAUAGUCUACAGAAGGAUUGUGGUACCUCAGAACGCUAACAAAGAAUUCUGCACGGACUCCGGGCUGGUGGUUCCAAGUGUGUCCUAUGAGCUCCACAAAAAGCUGCUCUCGGUGGCAGAGAAGCACGGGCUGACUCUGGAGCGGAGGCUGGAGAUGACGGGAGUGUGUGCCAGCCAGAUGGCCCUAAGUCUCCUCGGGGGACCCAACAGGCUGAACCCCAAGAACGUGCACCAGCGGCCCACGGUAGCGCUGCUGUGCGGCCCCCACGUGAAGGGGGCUCAGGGGAUCAGCUGCGGGCGGCACCUCUCCAACCACGACGUCCACGUCAUCCUGUUCCUCCCCAACUUUGUCAAGAUGCUGGAAUCCAUCACCAACGAGCUGAACCUUUUCAGCAAGACGCAAGGCCAGCAGGUGUCCAGCGUCAAAGGUAAGCGGCCGAGGAGCAGAUGGGUUCUCUGGCGCGUGGCUCCCUGGUGCCUGCCCGCUCCCCUGGCACCAUCUAGUGGCACUGCCGUGGCUGGGUGGCUGCUCAGAGGCUGGAGGGACAGCAGGCACUCCCAACAGUGGAGCAGUUGUGCUGCUACAGAUGUUUCUGGUCGGAACAAACAUGCAAGAGCUGCUGUAUUGAUCUGAGUGAGAGCAGCCAUUCUUGUAGGAUAAGGGCCUACCUUGUUCAGCGUGUUGAAACUGUGAAUGAAUGAGCAUGCAGCUGCUGCUGCUAAACAGGA